AUGGUUGCCGGACCACAGGAAGCUGCCGGAGAAAACACGUUGGACUGGUCCGAGUUUGAUGAAGAAACCAUCGACUGUGUCCUGAAUUUCUGUUAUGGUCGAAAUUACAUUGUCCCAUGGGGACGGCAGUCAAGAAAAGACACAGCUCCACAGGAAACAGCACCGUCAACUACUGAACACAGUGCUCGGUCCGGCUCCUCACACAAUCGCCGAAGCUACACGGGGGAGGAUAUUGUUCUCCAUGCGAAAGUCUACCCAUUCGCCCAUCGUUCUCUUGCUGAGGACCUGGAGCAAUGUGCCGUUGUUCGGAUGAAAUAUUGUUUCCAGCCGUUUCUCAAGGAGUACUGA